AGGGUAAAUAUAAAACCCACCAAACAUUUUUUAAGAGUACCUCAAUCUUUUCCAGCCUCCAGGGGUUUAAUUCCCAUCUGUAAGAAGGCUCAGAGUUACAGGUGGAUUUUACAAAGCUGUGGCUAAUAAUUAGAAACCCCUUAUCACCACAGCCCGUGGCCCCUUGGACCCAGUUCGCCUUUCUCUGGACCUAGUCCUCUGCUCAGGAGCAUCUCUUCCAGAGUUCUUCGAAAGGACAGCUCGGUGAGUAUCUGCUGUUUUCUAGAUGCCUUCUUGAGCCUGCUUGUGGCCACCCACAGAUACUUGUAAGGAGGAACAAAGUCAGCUUGCCAGAGACACCACCGUGAAAUGAGGGAUUAGAGGCCGGGAUCCAAGAAGCAAGAGCAGCAGCCAAACGACAAGCAAACAGGCUCUGAAGAUCGUCUACUGAGAGGUCCGCCAUGGCCUCCCUCGGUGUCCAACUGGUGGGCUACAUCCUAGGCCUUCUGGGGCUAUUAGGCACAUCGAUUGCCAUGCUGCUUCCCAACUGGCGAACAAGUUCCUAUGUUGGUGCCAGCAUUGUGACGGCGGUUGGCUUUUCCAAGGGCCUCUGGAUGGAGUGUGCGACACACAGCACAGGCAUCACCCAGUGUGAUAUCUACAGUACCCUUUUAGGACUUCCUGCUGACAUCCAGGCUGCCCAGGCCAUGAUGGUGACAUCCAGUGCAAUGUCCUCGCUGGCCUGCAUUAUCUCUGUGGUGGGCAUGAGAUGCACCGUGUUCUGCCAGGAGUCUCGAGCUAAGGACAGAGUGGCUGUUGUGGGUGGAGUCUUUUUCAUCCUUGGUGGCAUCCUGGGUUUUAUCCCAGUUGCUUGGAAUCUUCAUGGAAUCCUUCGGGACUUCUACUCACCGCUGGUUCCUGACAGCAUGAAGUUUGAGAUUGGAGAGGCUCUGUAUUUGGGCAUCAUUUCAGCUCUGUUUUCUUUGGUAGCUGGAGUCAUCCUCUGCUUUUCCUGCUCACCCCAGGGAAAUCGCAUCAACUACUAUGAUGGCUACCAGGCCCAGCCUCUUGCCACUAGGAGCUCUCCAAGAUCUGCACAACAGCCCAAAGCCAAGAGUGAGUUCAACUCAUACAGCCUGACUGGGUAUGUGUGAAGAACCAGGGGCCAGAGCUGGGGGUGGGGUAGGGUGGUGGCUGGGACUAUUAAAAAAAAAGUAGUGGACAAUGCCCCCAGGGUCACAGGCAAAGGACAUUGCCACUGAAUCAUGUGUAAGGUGCUGCUGAGGGUAGAAUGACUUUGGCCAUUGGAUGGAGUGAAGGCAGAGAUGAGAACAGGGGUGACAGCAUGUAGAUGGAAUUGCCAAGGACACUUGCCAGGCUAGUUUCUCUAUUUCCCUUGCUUGGCCUCACUAAGGUACCUCCUGUGCCUUGAAUGCUCAACCCAAAAGUCCAAAUCCCAUCCCUGCCACUUUUGGCUAAGCCCAGAGGCUCUCUUCUGCCCUUUGGUUUACUUAGAGAUCUGCCCCCAAGCUAAUCGUGUCCCAUUGACUAACUAUCUGUGCUCAAAAGACCCUCUGAGGUUGGCUGAGGUUGGCUCCUAAGUCAAUUACUAGGGAAAGGAGAGAAGAAAGAGGGGUGGCUUCUAUGAGAAUGUUUCUAGCUCCCUUCUCAAAUCUCCAGCCAAAGAAAUGGAUUCGUCAGUAAUGGGCCCUGAAGAUUCUCUUCCAAUUUUGCUAUGAAUGCAGUAUGUCCAGACUGGUUUGUGAAUGAACUGAAGGAAAACCAUCUCACGGCAUCCAGCAGAAAGCAGCUGAUGGGAUUUAAAGAAACAAAACAAACAGCAAAACCCACCAGAACCACUUCUCAGGACAUCUCCUGUAAUUCCCAUACAUUUGCUGGUCAGGGAUGGAAGCACUGCUUUGGGAAAGCACAAGAAGCGCCUGGAAAGCACAAGCAAGGCUGCAGCCCUCUGACUCUAUGCAGGAAUUGCCCAGAAGCUGAAGUGAACGACUACCGACUACGACUACCGCUGAAAGCUCUGCCUCCCACUGGGGUGUCUGACCCAGCUUCCUGCUAAACCACAAGACUUGGAGCCCUAGACAAGGGUUUCCUUAGGGACAAUAAACCAGGUUUUCUAGAACUGCCCUUUGUCAUGGAAGCUGCAGGGGGCUAAAAAAGAUACUACUCUUUAGCCCUGGCCAAGAAAGAAUAAGGACUUUGGUAUCAAAGAACUGGACAGAGUUGUAUGGUAGCUGUUAUGUGUGCUCCUACUGUUUCAGAGAGGCAGCCCUACCAGAUACUUCAGAUUUAAUGGAAAAACAACCCAUGGGGGUCUAUACUCAGCACUACAGAGCCUCUGAAAGACCACAGCACCAGAGAGGUCCUUUGCCACUUUUAAGCACCAGAAGAUAGUCUCAUAGGUAUGCAAAGUCUCCAGUGUGGAACAUGUAUGACCAAGGUGUUGUGUUCAUGACCUGAGUGAUUUGUGGACUUCUACCUGGGAUUGUGCUUGAGCUGGGAGAACGGAGAGUGGUUCUCAGUCCAACAGUUUCACCUCCACAUUCUUAAGAUGCUCCAUUUCCUCUAUGGUAGACGGGAGUCAGAAACCAGAGACAUCCCCCCCCCCCCCCACACCAGCUCAAAACCCCAGCACACCUCAUCAAAAUUUCAGCACCAGCAAGAGAGGCCCAUAUGUGAGGUUUCCUUUGACAUGCCUUCUCUAUUUCCACCAUAUUGCUUGUGUUCAAGCUGAUAUGCUGACCUGGAAGCCAUUUCCUCUUAACUAAGUGGUUCCCAUGCUUGGAGAACUUGCUCAGUGUCAUCCCCUUCACUGAGUCUUCUCUGACCACUCCUUCCUGCUCUUUCCUUCCUCCUCCAACUCCCAAUAUAUAAAUUUCUUAAUCCAUAUCAUUUAUAAUUUUGAUUGCUAGUUUAUAAUUCUUGUAUGUGCAUUGUGUGUGUGUCUAUCUGUCUGUCUGUCUGUGUGAUCUCAAAAGUUCACUAUAAGUACUUAGAUGGCAAUUGCUAUAUCUUAGACCUGUCUAUAUGUACACCCAAGACUGUAACACUGCUGGGCACACACAAGA